CCUCCCUGCAGGUCGCCGGCCUGGCUCAGCGCGGUCCUCUGCAGCCGCUGGGGCCCAGCCGUCGUGCCCACGUCUGGCGGGGCGCCCGUGGUGGGUCGGCGGUGAGGUGAUUUCUUAGGAGGCACAGAAAUCUUUGAAGGGCCUUGUACCCUCCUGAAGGAUGGCAGAAGCAGUGUUGGUUGAUUUCUUUGGUUUGAAAUUUAACUCUCAGAAAAACAGUCAUCAGGCAUUACUGAAGACAUUGAAUGCUGUCAGAUACCACCAUGCUGCCAAGGCCAAGUUUCUUUGUAUAAUAUGUUGCAGUAACAUCAGCUGUGAAAGGGAUGGUGCGCAUAAUCACUGUGAAUUAGAAGCAAGCAAUGGAUUAUCAACUCUCUUGAGAGGAUUUGAGACUGUUAGCAAUCCUAGUAUGGCUGCCUCUUUGUAUACUAUUAAGCAAAAAAUUGAUGAAAAAAAUUUGACCAGCAUUAAAGUAAUUGUACCCAUGCACCGGAAGACAUUACUGAAGACUUUUAUUGAUCAGCUCUUCACCGAUGUUUACAGUUUUGAGUUUGAAGACUUACAGGUGACUUCGAGGGGAGAUCCUUUGAAACAAUCCACUGAAAUAAACAUGAUCACAGCUGAAGAAGUAGAAGCAAUCCAGAAUGAAAUUCAAACAUAUUUGAGAAGCCUGCCAGCACUGAGAGGAGAGUUAACCAUUAUCACAUCUCCUUUAAUCUCAGCAGAUAUUUUCUUACACGGAUUUACUACAAGAACAGGUGGAAUAUCCUACAUCCCAACUCUUAGCUCAUUCAAUCUCUUCAGUAGUUCCAAAAGGAGAGAUCCCAAGGUCGUUGUUCAAGAAAAUCUGCGUCGGUUGGGGAAUGCUGUAGGAUUUAAUGUGGAGAAAUUUUACCGAAUAAAGACUGAUCAUGCCAAUGAUGUCUGGAUUAUGGGAAGGAAGGAACCUGAAUCUUAUGAUGGAAUCACCACAAAUCAGAGGGGAGUCACAAUAGCAGCUCUUGGUGCUGACUGUAUACCAGUUGUUUUUGCUGAUCCUGUCAGAAAAGCAUGUGGUGUUGCUCACUCUGGUUGGAGGGGUACUUUGCUAGGUGUUGCUAUGGCUACAGUGAAUGCUAUGAUCACAGAAUAUGGGUGUAAUUUGGAAGACAUUAUUGUUGUACUGGGACCUUCAGUAGGACCUUGCUGUUUUACUCUGCCAAGGGAAUCUGCAAAGGAAUUUCAUAAUCUUGAUCCUGAAUGUGUACGGUUAUUUGAUUCACCAAAUCCCUAUGUUGACAUUCGUAAAGCCACCAGGAUUCUUCUAGAACGGGGCGGAAUUCUACCACAGAAUAUUCAAGACCUGAACCAAGAUCUUGACCUCUGUACGUCCUGCCAUCCUGACAAGUUUUUCUCCCAUGUCCGAGAUGGCCUUAAUUUUGGUACACAGAUUGGCUUCAUAUCAAUUAAAGAAUGAGAUACUUGACUGGAUUUUUAUGCAACUGUUUCCUGCUUCCUUCUAAACUGACUACAAGAGAGAAAUUUAGCUGUUUGAUUUACUUAAAACCGAGAGGAUUACAAUGGAUAAUUCAUCUUUAGGUAUAUUUUCAGUAUUAAUCCAAAGCCAAAUGAGUUUCAUUUGAUUCUAGCAAAAUCUAGUUGAAGAUUAUUCUUUAGGUUUGUUCUGUUUGUUAUAUAAAUCAGUAAUGGGACUGUUCAGUUCAGUAUUUACUGGGUAUACCCUAUUUGUCAGGCAUUGUGUGAAGAAUAUCUGAAUCAAAGUGAGUUAGACCUUUUCGCCUUUAGUCUAAUGCAGUGAAGGAGAUAAACACUUAUAAUACUUAAAU